GGAACAGCGGAAGUGCGCGUCAGACGGAGCUUAAAGUCGAGCGUUUUUUUUUUUUUUUUUUUUUUUGUAAAUUCAGGAAAGUUUUAUAAAUCCAUGGCCGAAUUACGCCAAAUAUGAAGAAAAGAUUCAACAUCAACCUGGACGACAGCGCGUUCACCAAAGAAAGAAGCCCGCCAAAGUCACACUUCCGGUCGUCCUCAAACCCAGACGACGACGUCAGCAGCAGCAGCAGCAGCGUCGUCCCCACGGUCCAGCCUCUGUCCUACGCCGAGUAUGUGGUCCAACAGAAGAACAUCUCCAACAUCUCCACAGACGGACCCUCCUCCUCCAAACUGCCCAGGCUCGGGGACUCCUCUGAGGCCCACAGCUCCAGAAGUUCUCCCCAAAAAGGCGUCGAGACGCCGGAGGCCCGAGCCGAGUCCGCGGACCAGCCCGAGGACGACGGAGCCCACGAGUCCGGCUCAGUCCAGAGUCUGGGCCCAAAGCCGGUCGGGUCUGGGAGCAGUAUUAUCGUCAGUCCGCGCCAGAGAGGAAAUCCCAUCCUGAAGUACGUGCGAAGUGUCCCCUGGGAGUUUGGAGAAGUGGUUCCAGACUACGUCCUGGGCCAGACCACCUGCGCCCUCUUCCUCAGUCUGAGAUAUCACAACCUGAACCCCAACUACAUCCACGAGCGUCUCAAACAGCUCGGCUCCACGUUCGUCCUGAGGGUGCUGCUGCUGCAGGUGGACGUGAAAGACCCUCACCACGCGCUGAAGGAGCUGGCCAGGAUCUGCAUCAUGGCCGACUGCACCCUGGUCCUGGCCUGGAGUCCAGAAGAAGCAGGACGGUACCUGGAAACCUACAAGUCCUAUGAGAAGAAGCCUGCUGACCUGCUGAAGGAGCAAGUGGAGAAGAACUACCUCUCCAAGGUCACAGACUGUAUGACCACAGUCAAGUCCAUCAAUAAAACCGACGCCCUCACGCUGCUCUCCACCUUCUCUUCUGUAGAGGGAAUCAUCCGGGCGUCGAAGGAAGAUCUGGUCCUGUGUCCGGGUCUGGGUCCUCAGAAGGUCCAAAAACUCUGUCACAUAUUUCAUGAAAAGAGUUUGUCGGUGUUAAAAAUCCGGUUUGUUUUCGCAGGCGAGAAGACUCCACGACGUUCUCCACAAGCCAUUCCUCAAAUCCAAGACUAAAGACGACUGAACCGGACGAUUUAAAAAAAAAAAAAUAAAUACACACACAAAAAAAAAAAAAAAAAAUCUUGAAAAAUUUUUUUUAUCUGGAAUGUUACGUAUUUGUUAUGAAAGUGUUUUGUACUUUUUUAUUUAAUCUGCUUAAUAAUCUUUGAACAGCUGUGAAUAAAUAUUUUUGUAUAAAAUAUUGAAUUUGU